CCGACGUCGUCGUCAUGUGGCGAUGUUGUAAUUAAUAAUUUGUUAUGUAAAUCCAAAAAAAAAAUCACUAUUUCUGAUGAUUAUGUAUGAACACCACACCUGCACAAAAUUCUAAAUUCAAACACAAUUUCCAUACAAUCACACAAUUUUUCUUCUUCUUCUUCUUCUUUAAUUUGUAAUUUACAACCAAAAAAGAAAAUUAGGGUUUAUACUAUCAACUACCUCACCGGCUCUGCUUCUGGUUUAUGCUUGUGAUUCUCCUCCGAAAAUUAACCUCAACCAGUAAAAAUGACUGAUUCCAAGGAGAAAGACGACGCUGGACAAGAAGUUUUGGAAAAUGAAACUCAGACUGAUACUGUUAACAAUGUUACAACCAACCCAGACUUCAUUUUGCUCAAUCCAACUUCAACCAGAGAUCAAAACCAACGUACCCAACCCAAUAAGCAACCACAGGAUGAAGAAAACACUCUCCCAAUCACUCACUCCCAUGUUCCACUUCCACCCAAAACUGAAGCUUCUGAAGUGCCUCAUACUGAAACCACUGAUGUCUUUCACCAACCUGGAACUGCAAUUCAGGAUGAGCCUGUCUUUUCUCUUUCUGGAGAUAUGAAACUUGAAGGUGGAAAUGGUGGAGAUGGAGAAGAGAAGAAGACUAAUGUCGAUGAAAAGGAUAUUAUAGCUGAAGCCACUGAUAAUGGAAACCCAACCUCAAAACACUCUUUUCUUUUAGACGACCACAUGUAUGAAGGAAACGAAUCAGGGACAGAAGAGGACCAGUCAAAUUUUAUGAAGGAGCUAGAAAAUUUCUUUAGAGAGAGGGCCAUGGAAUUCAAACCUCCCAAGUUCUAUGGAGAGGGUCUAAACUGCCUCAAGCUUUGGAGAGCUGUGACUAGAUUGGGUGGUUAUGACAAGGUGACUACAUGUAAGUUGUGGCGGCAAGUGGGGGAGUCCUUUAAACCCCCAAAGACAUGCACAACAGUUUCUUGGACAUUUCGAGGUUUUUAUGAAAAGGCACUUCUGGAUUAUGAAAGGCAUAAAACACGUGGAGGUGAGCUUAGUGUACCUGUUUCUUCCCACACAGAGCCUAUCAUUGUUGAUACUCAGGCUUCAGGUUCAGGUAGAGCACGAAGGGAUGCUGCGGCCCGUGCUAUGCAAGGUUGGCACUCACAGCGUCUUCUUGGUAAUGGUGAAGUCAGUGACCCCAUUAUUAAAGAUAAAAGUUCUAUGUCCAUGCAGAAGCGUGAAAAACAACUUAAAAAUAUAGGUUUACUUAAACGUAAGAAACCUCCUUACACCGAUGUGGUAAAAGCAGCGCGCACUAAAGCAUCAAAGUCACAGUUGGACAUUGCAGUGGUUGAUGUUGGACCUCCAGCUGAAUGGGUGAAGAUCAAUGUGCAAAGAACUAAAGAUUGCUACGAGGUGUAUGCAUUAGUUCCAGGACUUCUACGUGAGGAGGUGCGAGUCCAAUCUGAUCCUGCUGGACGAUUGGUUAUAAGCGGUGAACCCGAGCAUCCUGACAAUCCGUGGGGUGUGACACCUUUCAAGAAGGUUGUGAGCCUGCCAUCAAGAAUCGACCCGCACCAAACAUCAGCAGUGGUCACUCUGCACGGGCAGUUGUUUGUUCGCGUUCCGUUUGAGCUGUCAGAGUAACAAUGUACAAGAAUGGAUUGUUCCUCACCAGUGCCUUCUCACUGCUCUCCAUUUUUUUGUUCCUUCUCUCCGCCGCUAAUACCAAAGUCUAAAGUAGAAACAGGAGGAGGUUGAGCAUGUUGCUGUAGUAAACCUAAACCUCGACCCAGGUGUAGUUUAGUGUAGGCCUUAACUGUACUAUGUAGUUCAACUUCAAUCAUGUACUUGUUCACAUUUUAACUUAGUUUUUGAAACUUGUACAUUAUUUUGUUUUUCACUAGAUUCGUAUAGAUGUUUACAAGUGAGAAAAUGCCUUUCUUCUGGAACACUAUUUGAUGAUAUGGGAUUGUGUCCAUUGUGUUGAA